GACUCAGGCCCAGAUGAGUGGCCCAAGUAGCCAGAGCAAGGAGCCAGACCCAGGCAAGAAGAGGCCUGGCAGCCAGAGUGGGGCUCGGCCUCAUGGUGGGAGUAGGGGGUUGGCGCAGACCCACCAUGACAGUCCCCACCCCAGGUGAUGAGGACGGCCUCAGGUCAGUCAGAGGCAACGACUAGCCUUGGGCCAGGUGAGGAUGGACACCGGAAUUCCCAACAGCUGGACUGGAGUAGUUAAUGGGAGUGACUGAGCCAUUGCCAGCACUUGGUGCCAGAGGUGGGCGCCAAGGGUGGUGCGGGGGGUGGUGCUGGCACAGUCUGUCGCCUCCGGCUUUUGUUCUGGGCCCUAAGCCCAUGACUGAGAAGGAGGGUGUGUGUGUGUGUGCGUGUGCGCACGCGCAUGCGCCCCCAAGCGCACACGCAUGCAUGCAUGCUCACAGCCCUGGUGUACGGUGGAAAGGGGACCUUGUGUCAGAUCCCCCAAUCAUUUCUAAUACCCUUACCACUCCUGGAAGCUGUUUUCCUCCUAGAAAGCCCCAGUUUGGAAGAGGAGGAGGCAGGCUUUAGCCUCCCAUCUUGGGGAUGGGGGAUCACUGACCUUGCCUCUCUCCCCACAGAUGAGCAGCAGCUGCUCAGGGCUGAGCAGGGUCCUGGUGGCCGUGGCUACAGCCCUGGUGUCUGCCUCUUCUCCCUGCCCCCAGGCCUGGGGCCCCCCAGGGCCCCCGUGUCCUGGUUUCGGGACGGGGAGACAAGGCUGCUCCAGGGACCCGACUCUGGGCUAGGGCACGAACUGGUCCUGGCCCGGGCAGAAAGCACUGACGAGGGCACCUAUAUCUGCCGGACCCUGGAUGGUGCACUUGGGGGCAUGGUGACCCUACAGCUGGGCUACCCCCCAGCCCGCCCUGUUGUCUCCUGCCAAGCAGCUGACUAUGAAAACUUCUCCUGCACUUGGAGUCCCAGCCAGGUUAGCGGUUUACCCACCCGCUACCUCACCUCCUACAGAAAGAAGACAGUGCCAGGAGCUGAUGGCCAAAGGAUGAGCUCAUCCACAGGGCCCUGGCCAUGCCCACAGGACCCUCCAGGGGCUGCUCGCUGUGUAGUCCAUGGGGCAGAGUUCUGGAGCCAGUACCGGAUCAAUGUGACUGAAGUGAACCCCCUGGGGGCCAGCACACGCCUGCUGGAUGUGAGCUUACAGAGUAUCUUGCGCCCUGACCCACCCCAGGGUUUGCGGGUUGAGUCAGUACCUGGCUAUCCUCGCCGCCUGCGUGCCAGCUGGAUGUACCCUGCCUCCUGGCCCCGCCAGCCCCAUUUCCUGCUCAAGUUCCGGCUGCAGUACCGUCCAGCGCAGCAUCCAGCCUGGUCCAUGGUGGAGCCGGCUGGAUUGGAGGAGGUGAUCACGGACGCCGUGGCUGGGCUGCCCCAUGCCGUGAGGGUCAGUGCCCGGGACUUUUUGGAUGCUGGCACCUGGAGCGCCUGGAGCCCCGAGGCCUGGGGGACUCCGAGCACGGGGCCCCUACCGAAAGAGAUACCAGUUGGCGGCCAGCAGCUUGCGCAGCCAGAGGAAGAACUUCAGGCGGACAGCCCCGCUCCCCCAAGGCCGUCCCUCCUACCAGACCCGCGGCCACUUGACCACAGAGACCCCUUGGAGCAGGUGGCUGUGCUGGCAUCUUUGGGAAUCUUCUCUUUCCUGGGACUGGUAGCUGGGGCCCUGGCACUGGGGCUCUGGCUGAGGCUGAGACCAGAAGGGAAGGAUGGACCCCGAAAGCCUGGGUUCUUGGCCCCGAUGAUUCCAGUGGAUAAGCUUCCAGGAGUCCCAAACCUGUAGAGGACCCUGAAGGGCUUCAGCUGAUUCCACCUAUAACUCUGUCUUGCUGGUAUAGAUGGAAGGAAAGGUGGAACCAGGCAGGACAGUAGAUCCCUGUGGAGGCGGGAUCUCAGCUGGAAGUUCUAUUUGGAGCCCAUUUCUAUGAGACUCUGUGUUCCAAACUUACCAGCUGAAAGGUACCUGGACCUCUGACUUCAUCCCAGAGCUGGAGGUGCACCUGAGGAAUGUGUGUAGAUGUGUAUGUUUGUGUCCAUGUGUGCCAAGUGUAUGUGAGGCAGGGAACAUGUGUUCUCUGCAUGUAUAUAUAUAUAGGUACCUGGGGAGUGUGUGUGGGUCCUUGGCUCUUGGCCUUGCCCCUGGCAAGGGUUGCGAAGGUGUGAAUAAAGAGAAUGAGGAGGUU